AUGGCUGUUGGCAAGAACAAGAGACUGUCCAAGGGCAAGAAGGGCCUGAAGAAGAAGGUCCAGGACCCUUUCACCCGCAAGGACUGGUACAAUAUCAAGGCCCCUGCGCCCUUCGCCGUUAGGGAUGUCGGCAAGACUCUGGUCAACCGGACCACUGGUCUGAAGAACGCCAACGAUGCCCUCAAGGGCCGUAUCUUCGAGGUCUGCCUGGCAGACCUCCAGAAGGAUGAGGACCACGCCUUCCGCAAGAUCAAGCUCCGUGUUGAUGAGGUCCAGGGCAAGAACUGCCUGACCAACUUCCACGGUCUCGACUUCACCACGGAUAAGCUUCGCUCACUCGUCCGCAAGUGGCAGACCCUCAUCGAGGCCAACGUCACUGUCACUACCACCGACCAUUACCUCCUCCGGCUCUUUGCUAUCGCCUUCACCAAGCGCCGGCCCAACCAGAUCAAGAAGACUACCUAUGCUCAGUCUUCUCAAAUCCGCGCCAUCCGCCGCAAGAUGGUUGAGAUCAUCCAGCGCGAGGCUGCCAGCUGCACCCUCCACCAGCUCGUCUCUAAGCUCAUCCCUGAGGUUAUUGGCCGCGAGAUCGAGAAGGCCACCCAGGGCAUUUACCCCCUCCAGAACGUCCACAUCCGCAAGGUCAAGCUCCUCAAGCAGCCCAAGUUCGACCUUGGUGCCCUCAUGGCUCUCCACGGCGAGUCCAGCGAGGAGGCGGGCCAGAAGGUUGAGCGCGAGUUCCGUGAGCAGGUCCUCGAGUCGGUAUAA